GCUUCAUACGUAAGCUGCAUUUGUUUUGAAAAUGGCCCUGCGACCAGGAACAGGUGGAACCGGCAGCUUCAUGUACCCUGUUGCGGGUGGCCUGGGGCCAUCACAAGGCAUGCCCAUGCAGCCACAGCAGCAGCAGCAGCAGGGCUUCCCCAUGGUGCCCGUCAUGCAGCCCAACAUGCAAGGCAUGGUGGGAAUGAACUUCGGUGCCCAGAUGCCCCCGGGUGCCAUGCCGAUGCAGGGAGGGAUGGCCAUGGGGAUGCCGAUGAUGGGACAGCCCCAGUUCAUGGGCUUGCGACCCCCAGGGCCCCAUUACACCGCUGACAUGCAGAAGCAGAUGGCCGAGGACCAUCAGAAGCGCCUGGAGCUGCAGCAGCGUGCGCUGGAGGAGGAGAGGAAGAGGAGGCAGUUCGAGGAGCAGAAGCACAAGCUGCGCAUGCUGAGCAACAUCAAGCCCAAGACGGGGGAGAAGAGCCGGGACGAUGCGCUGGAGGCCAUCAGAGGAAACCUCGACGGCUUCACCAGAGAGGCCAAGAUGCACCCCACACCAGCCUCGCUCCCCAAGAACCCCGACACAUCGUCAUCCCACUCUUCUGUCACCUCUCACUCCUUCCCCCCCACCGCUCCCCCCGAGGACGACGAUGACUUUAGUGACUUUAUUCAGGGCCCCGCCGCGCCCCCUGCCUCCUCCACCCCCUCCUCUGUCCCGCCUGUCCUGUCCUCGUCACCCUCCCUCCGAGCGAGUGCAGGUCCCCAGCCCGUAGGGGGCGCCGCAGGGCAGCGACACCGCUUAGCCCCCCUCCCCCAGACACUCUAUCACCCUGUGCCCUUCACACCAGCCUCCCAACCCUCUACUGUCAGCUCCAGCUCUCAGUCUGCGGUCAAAGGUGUUGGAGUCUUCCCUCAGCAAGAGCACAUCCAGCCCAUUGCGCCCGCGUGGCUGUACAACGACAGCCUCGUUCCAGAGCUGUAUAAGAAGGUGCUGGAGUACAGCAUGACUCCUGCAGGCAUUGACACAGCCAAGCUCUACCCCAUCCUGAUGUCAUCUGGCCUGCCCAGAGAGGCACUGGGACAGAUCUGGGCCUCGGCCAAUCGGACGACGCCUGGCAAGCUGACGAAGGAGGAGCUGUACACCGUGCUGGCCAUGAUUGGUGUGACGCAGAGUGGUCUCCCGGCGAGCCUGGAGGUGCUGAGCCAGUUCCCCUCCCCCCCAGUGCCCAACCUGCCUGCCGUUGCCAUGGUUCUCCCCCAGCACCAACCGGCCAUCCUGCCCCAGGCCCCCAUCCCCAUGGCAGUGCCUGCAGCGCCCGCUGUGCCCGCUGCCAUGCCGGCCCCAGGCCCGGGCAUGCCCCUGCCCGCCGUGGCCCUCAGCGCUCCCACACAGCCCCCCGCCGGCUUCGUCACCAGCUUCCCGCUCGCUCAGGCAACACCACAGCCUGUACCUCAGGAGACCAAGCUCGAGGAUGACGAUUUCCAGGAUUUCCAGGAGGCCCCCAAAGCCGGGGCCAGGGGGGACUCCUUCUCUGACUUCCAGGGGGAGAAAGGGGGUGGAUUCACCUGUCCCGCCCUCUCCCAACCCCAGAGCAGUGCUCCUCCGUUGCUGCUGCCGGUGUCUGGGUCUUCUCAGUCAUCCUCCACUGACAAAUACGCCGUGUUCAAGCAGCUGGCUGCGGAGCAGGUCUCCUCUUCCCCCACCGUUCCAGAUUCUGGAGAUAAAUACAGUGUUUUCAGACAGCUGGAACAACCCGCUGAUCAGAAGUCAGUAGGGGAAGGAUCUGAGGACCUCGCAUCCAGCGGCGCUGACGACGGCUUCACAAACUUUAAAACAGCCGACAGCGUUUCUCCACUAGACCCUCCCAGUCAGGCUAAGAUCUUUCAGCCCGCUUUCCCUCCUCCUUCUCCUCACUGUCUCUCUCAGCCUCUACAGACGCAGCUCAUGUCCCCUCUCUCUCAGCCCAAAGCGCCUUCUCUCAACGCCACAGACUUAGAUCUCUUUUCCUCUCUGGCUCCUCCCGCCCCACCCGCCGAGGCCACGCCCCCCGUUUUUCCCUCUGCUCCGCCCACCCUUGCGGGCCCCUCGGGAGGAGUAAAGCCCCAGGCUGCGGGGGUGGAGAGCUUUGGGGACUUCGCACUCUUCAGCUCCUCGUCCUCCUCUGCUCCCGGCUAUACCGUGGCAGAGGGGGGUGGGGUGGCCCAGGAUGAUUUUGCAGACUUCGCAGCCUUUGGGAGGUCUGGAGGAGGAGGAGGAGGGGAGGGCGAGGCCCGGCCCGGUGAGAGCGGCAUGGCCGGCCUGGCGGGGACCCCGCCCAGACAGCGAGUCUCGGACAAGUACGACGUCUUCAAGCAGCUCUCCCUGGAGGCGUCCAGAGAGAGCGGCGCGGGCUCCCUCACCUCCCUGCGGAGCGACGGCGACGACCUCGCCGACUUCCAGUCCGUCCGGUUCUGCUCGGGUCUGGGCGCCUCCGACAGGAGCCUGGCAGCCAGGGCCAAGGAGGACUCCGUGUCCGUCAAGUCCCUGGACCUCCCGUCCAUUGGGGGCAGCAGCGCGGGCAAGGAGGACUCUGAGGACGCGCUGUCCAUGCAGCUGGACAUGAAGCUGUCGGAGGUGGGCGGGGACCUGAAGCACGUACUGUCGGACAGCGCCCUGGACCUGCCCGGUUUCUCCUCCCGCCAGCCCCCAGCUGCAGAGGCGGACGACUUGAAGUUUGACCCUUUCGGGACCUCUGCUGGGGGCAGCUUGGGCAGUUACGAUUGGUCGGACAAGGAGGAGUCCUCAGCCAAUCAGGGCGCGAAGUUGCAGGUCGGGCUGUCAGGCCUGGAUGGGGGUAUGCACACGUCCUCUACCGCCGCGCUUGACAAGGAGGGGUCUUUCGGGACCUCGGAAUCAGAGAGCAUCAUACACACCACCCCGUCCAAAAUGGCCACUUUCCCUGUGAAAGACAGCUCCUCCGGGAACGCCACCUUUGAGGCAUUCGCUGACUUUGUGUCUUUUAAAGAGGGAGUGGCUGGUGAGGGUGACGAUGACUUUGGGGACUUCGCCGUCACUGUGUCAGAGAAAUCGGGUUGCCCUCUGGCCGCGGCUGACACGGGGCUCGAUGGCACCCAGAACGAGGUCGCUGAUGAGUUCGGGACCUUCCAGGGAGACAAGCCCAAAUUUGGCAAAUUUGACUUCCUCAAGGCGAGUUCCCAGGCCAAGGUGAGGUCCAGCGAGGAGAUGAUCCAGAGUGAAUUGGCAACCUUCGACCUCUCUGUGCAAGAUUCGCAGAAGAGGAGCCAGGGGGAUAAGGAGGUGGGGCGCUCCACCCCGUCGCCCGCCCCGGAGCAGCCCUUCCGCGACCGCUCCAACACGGCGAGCGAGAAGCCGGCCCUGCCCGUCAUCCGCGACAAGUACAAGGACCUGACCGGAGAGGUGGAGGAAAGCGAGCGCUACGCAUACGAAUGGCAGAGGUGUCUCGAAAGCGCCCUGCAGGUCAUCAGCAAGGCCAACAACACCCUUAACAGCAUUAGCAGCUCUGCCAUCUGCACAGAGGUGAUCCAGUCCGCCCAGGGCAUGGAGUACCUCCUGGGUGUGGUGGAGGUGUACCGUGUGACCAAGCGCGUGGAGCUGGGUAUCAAGGCCACGGCGGUGUGCUCCGAGAAGCUGCAGGAGCUCCUAAAGGACGUCAGCCGGGUGUGGAACAACCUCAUGGGCUUCAUGUCCCUGGCCAAGCUGACGCCUGAUGAGAGCUCCCUGGAUUUCUCCUCCUGCAUCCUGAGGCCUGGCAUCAAGAACGCCAAGGAGCUGGCCUGCGGAGUGUGUCUGCUGAACGUGGACUCACGCAGCAAGGCUUUCAACUCGGAGACGGACAAUUUCAAGCUGCUGUACGGGGGCCACCAGUACCACGCCAGCUGUGCCAAUUUCUGGAUUAACUGCGUGGAGCCCAAGCCACCGGGUCUUGUUCUGCCGGACCUGCUCUGAGGCCCCCACCGCCGCUGCUAUGGCAACCUGCACCGGGUAAUCAACUCUUGUCGAAUCAAAGGCAUUCCGGCCUGAAGCUGCGUAUCGAGCUCCACCUUGCCUGAGAGCGGAUGCGGGGACCUUGGCGAUUCACCCAAAACCUCUAAUGAAAUUGCAUUUGUUUAUUUAUCCAUUUGUUCCUUUUUUCUCACCCCCCCCCCUUUACCCUACUCUCUGGAGUUGAUGCUACACAGCAGUGGAAAGCUCCCAUUGAGUCUGAAAGCAAGGUCAGGCCUCUGUGAAGGAAGCUGCUCUCGUAUUACACUGUAAUGUAAUAUUGCUGUUGUGUAAGUGGUUGUCAUUGUUUUUUUUUUUCUGCUUCUUCUUCUUCUUUGUCAUCUUUUUGUGUCCCUCGAAAAUUCUGCAAAAAAGCCCAGGUUUUAGGUUAGCCUUUCAGGACGUGUGUAUUUUAUUGUCACUUCCUGGCGGAGGUAUUCAAUGAAAUGUUAUGCAGGUAAUGCUGCACGAUUAGAAAUGAUGAGAAUAGUGUGUGUGUGUGUGUGUGUGUGUGUGUGUGUGUGUGUGUGUGUGUGUGUGUACGGGGUGGAGGUGGGCAAGAUGGGCCCUCAAUGAGAGCUGAGCUAAACUCUGAUGUUGCCUCACUUCUCAUCAACAGCACAUUCCUUCUUUUGCCCAAAAUCUUCAACUAUAAACCAGUCAGUAUGUGCAGUAAAUCUCUGCAAUCUCUCCUUCUACAUCUGUAAGAAAUGGCUGGAAAAUUUAAGUCUGAGAAUUUUAAAAUGGAUACAGUAUAUAACUCUGGAUGCACUUUUUAAAACUGCUUUGGUGGUGGGAGGAAGCAGAGAAGGGGGGAUAAUGUGUUAAACUUGAUCUUUAAAUCUAACGCUGCCUCAUUUUCUACUUGUUUUAAGUAUUUUUUUUCAGGGUUCUGAUAUCUUUUUCUGCCGGGAUUGUGGCUCUUUGAUGGCUGGGUCUUCAAACGUUUUAAUUGAUUUUUAAAUACCGUUAUUAAACCUUCAAAGUGUCAGUGCUGUGUUGAAAGGCAGUCUGAGAAUAUUGCGACCCAUACUGAUUCUGAAUGUCUUUUAUAUUGUUUGGUGGAGAUUGUACUGUGACGAUGAGUGUUUAUGUUGUAUGUAAAUACUUUGUGAGUGUGACUGGGAUUUGGGCCUUGUCUUUUGUUAGCUGAGGUGCGGGGAUUGCAGUUCUGUCUUGCUGUGCCAGUGUGUAUCCAGUCUGACGGAGAUGUUUUUUGCGGACCUGACUAAUGCUACUGAUUGCACUGUUGAGUCUAGAUUAUAUUUAUACUAGCAUUGUAAUUACAAUUAUUAACAACAGUGAGAUGGA